UCUGUGACACACACACGUACUGCGGUAGAACAGUGCACGAGGAAGUUUGUGUGGUUGGUUGUGUGUCCACCUCCCUCUCUUCAUUUCCUGAAUCCCGCUCCUCUGAUUCGCAGCGACGUGGGAGACUACUAACACUAAUGAACUAAAAACUGGAGAAUGAAGCGGGACGCUCAGCUCCACCUCACUGUGUUUUGACGACAGCCAUUUGAGACGCCCAAUGGGCUGUGGGCGUGGGCGUGGGCGGGGCCAAGAUGAGUGCCAAAAUGCUACUGGAGGAGAUGCUGAUCAAGCGUUCGCAGCAGAAGAAGAGGACGUCGCCACUGAACUACAAGGAGAGACUGUUUGUUCUCACCAAGAGCAGGCUGACGUACUACGAUGGAAGAGCAGAGAAGAAGUUCAGGAGGGGUUCGAUCGAGCUGAGUCAAAUCAGAUGUGUGGAGAUUGUCAAGAAUGGAGGAGGAAUCAUUCCCUGCCAGAACAAAUACCCCUUUCAGGUGGUGUAUGAUACCAACACACUCUAUGUUUUCGCCCCGAAUCACAACAGCAGAAGUCUCUGGGUCCAGAGCCUGAAAGAGGAGAUCAAAGACAACCCAGUGGUCUCGACGAAGUUCCAUCCCCAGUUCUGGCAGGAGGGGGCGUGGCUAUGCUGUCGCCAGGCAGAAAAACAGGCCCCGGGCUGCGAAGAGUACAACCUGUUCGGAGACAUUUCCAGAAAACCUCUACCCCCGAUUCCUGGAGAGGAAGCUAAAGCUCGGCGACGCCGUCCUCCCCUCCCCCCAACCCCCGAGGACGAUGACUAUGUUGAUGAGGAUGACGAGGAUGAUGAUGAUGAGGAGGAGGUGGUGGUGGCUUUGUAUGACUUCCCGGGAGCCGAGCCCCACGACCUGAGUCUGGUCAAGGGAGGCGAGUACGUCCUGCUUGAAAAGUGUGACGUCAACUGGUACAAGGCGCGUAACAAGUAUGGCGAGGAAGGCUACAUUCCAAGUAACUACGUAACAGAGAAGAAAUCUGGAAACCUGGUGCAGUUUGCUUGGUACAGUAAGCAAAUCAACAGGAACAAGGCAGAGGAGCUGCUGAGGAAGGAGGACAAAGAAGGAUCCUUCAUCGUCAGAGACUCCAGCACUCCAAGAACCUACACCGUCUCCCUCUACACCAAGUCUACCCCAGGGGAGGGAGGCGCGGCCAUAAAACAUUACCACAUCAAGGAGACACAAAGUUCACCUCCACAGUUUUACCUGGCUGAGAAACAUUUGUUCAGCUCCAUCCCUGACCUGAUCGAGUACCAUAAACACAACGCAGCAGGUCUUGUAACAAGGUUGAGAUAUCCUGUAGGAAAACAGGACAAGUGUGCUCCGUCCACCGCUGGUUUCAGCUACGAGAAGUGGGAGAUCAACCCCAGCGAGCUGACCUUCAUGAAGGAGCUGGGCAGCGGUCAGUUUGGUCUGGUGAGGCUCGGCAAAUGGAGGGCUCAGCACAAAGUGGCCAUCAAGGCCAUCAGAGAGGGAGCCAUGUACGAGGAGGACUUCAUCGAGGAGGCCAAGGUCAUGAUGAAACUGUCCCACCCCAAACUGGUGCAGCUGUACGGAGUGUGCAGCCAGCAGCGACCCAUCUACAUUGUCACAGAGUUCAUGGAGCAGGGCUGCCUGCUGAACUUCCUCAGGCAGCGGCGGGGCAGCUUCAGCCUGGGAUCCUUGUUGAGUAUCUGCCUGGACAUCAGCGAGGGCAUGGAGCACUUGGAGGCCAACGGUUUCAUCCACAGAGACCUGGCUGCAAGAAACUGUUUGGUGAAUGAAGCUCUGGUAGUUAAAGUGUCUGACUUCGGCAUGGCUAGAUAUGUGUUAGACAACCAGUACACCAGUUCAUCAGGUGCAAAGUUUCCUGUGAAGUGGUCGCCUCCUGAAGUCUUUAACUUCAGCAAAUACAGCAGCAUGUCGGAUGUCUGGUCCUAUGGUGUGUUGAUGUGGGAGGUUUUCACUGAGGGUCGUAUGCCUUUUGAGCAGCAUCAGAACCAUGAGGUGGUUACUUUGGUAACCCAGGGUCACCGGCUGUACAGGCCCAAAAUUGCCACGCCCGCGAUCUAUGACAUCAUGCAGCUCUGUUGGCACGAGGUGACAAAAGAGAGUUCUGUUCUACCACGAGAGAGACCAGAGGAGCGUCCGUCGUUCUCUCAGCUCUGCAUGAUGAUCUCUGACGCUCUAGAGGUCGACACACCUCCACCAAACUGACCAAGUGACCAAAUAAGAGGCUUCCAACAUCCACACACCAUCCACAUCAUGUUGACCAGUAAUUCCUACUCCAUGGCCAUUGCGGUGGUAACCUGCCAUUCUUGAGGGUAUUAUGGCAGUCAUUGUCCAAUUUACUGCACAGGACAAAGGAUACCAAUGUGGAGAACACAAUGUAAUGGUACUUAGACUGUCUGACAAUGACCAGUUAGAUGGAAAAGAAGGACGAGCCACACCAGCUAUGGUUGUCCACCAAUGCUUAUCUGAUCAAGUCGCUUCAAGUUGCGUUCAUAGUGUUGUCAGAUUUGUUUGAGGACGAGUGACACAAACACGAACUGAUGGUGAUUGAUAAAAGAUAGUAAUAGGCUCUCGUGAUAGACAAAUGACUCCAUCUAGCCUCAGUGUUUCUCUGGGCAUUUUCUCCUGACCUGGACGUUGGGUCCUUUGGUCAGAGAUUAAAAAACGAUCAGUGUCACGUAACAAAAGUAUUGAAAAAUACAACAUGCAUUAUGAGCCUUAAUUUUCCUUCCAGUAAGGACUCAGCUGUCAUGAAAUUUAGGGAAUUGCACCAGGUCAUGAUAUGUUUUUUUCUGUUUUUUGUUUUUUUGUCUGACGAAUGUUACUAAAAUUCUGUUUUAUAUAAUUUCUAUAACACCCUGUAUAUUCAUAUUAAAAUACUGCAGAGUAUGAAGUAAAUGAUUUGAGUGUCAUACAACUCCUGAUUUCAUUCUCAUGAAAAAGAGUACUAAUACAACUGUUUGAUUAAUAACAUGAGUCUACAACACAUAAUGCUGCAUUAAACAAAUUAAAAUUUCAACCUGAUAAUACCACAAGAUAAAAAGUCA